AUGGACUACUCAGAGCAGGAUAAUCUGAAUGGCAUUCGUUUGAGUUGGAACGUCUGGCCGACCAAUAAGCUCGACCAUACCAGGAUAGUUGUGCCUAUGGGAGCUCUAUACACUCCAUUGAAGCAGACGAGUAACCUCAACUUUUUCGAAUAUGAACCUGUACAGUGUCGAACCCGCGACUGCAACGCCAUAUUGAAUCCCUAUUGUGUGGUGGACCUGAGGUCCAAGACGUGGGCAUGCCCCUUCUGUCUCCAGCGUAACUCCUUCCCGCAGAUGUACGCUCAGGUUAUCUCUGAGACGAUGUUGCCUGCUGAGCUCCAACCACAGUACACUACUAUCGAGUACAUCCUUCCAAACCAGUCCGCUCAGCCUCCAGUGUUCCUCUUUACUGUGGAUACGUCCAUCUACGAGGAGGAGUUGGAGCAGUUGAAGGACUCCCUACAGCAAUGUCUGUCUAUGAUGCCUCCGGACGCGCUAGUCGGUCUCAUCACCUUCGGGACUAUGUGCUACGUCCACGAACUCGGUAGAGCUCGUACAGUGAGAGGAGUAGAACAUGAUGUCCGAUCCGAUCACAUGUGGACCUUCAGCAGGAGGAGAAGAACGCGAGGUAAUGUCGGGCGAGGAUUUCUAAUUAUAUUUACUUAUACGCUCAUCCCUCUCGAAGUCCAUCAUAAAUCAUUAAAUAAAUCUUCAUCAUUAAAUUUUAUUGUUAGUAAUUCCCGUUGUAGUUUGCCUCACACGAAUAUCAGAUAUACCAAGGCGGCGAUGAAGUACUACAACAGCAUUGCCACUCGAGCCGUCCACGCGGGUAUGGCGGUUGACAUUCUGGCCUGUAAUCUGGAUCAAGUGGGGCUGUACGAGAUGAAGGUGGUCAGCGAGAAGACUGGUGGCGCCGUGGUCCUCAGCGACAGUUUCUCCAUGCACGUCUUCAAAGCGUCGUUCCAGAAGAUGUUCGAGCUCGACCAGGAUGGGUACCUCCAAAUGGGGUUCAACUCCAAGAUUGAUGUGCUCACAUCGAGGGAGUUCAAGUGCUGUGGUUGCAUCGGUGCAUGCUCGAGUGCUGGCAAGAAGACCGCAUCAGUGGCGGAAACUGAAAUCGGCGAAUCAGGCACGACUCAGUGGACGAUGGGUGGCUUAGACAAGAAUACAACCUAUGCAUUCUACUUCGAGCCGACAGCAACCCAGGCAGCAUCGGGUGGUGGACCACGUCAGAGUUACUUACAGUUCCAAACACUGUAUAACCAUCCAAGUGGGCGGAGGCGUUUGCGAGUUACUACGGUGUCCACGCGCUAUGCUGACCAAAUAUCUGAUAUCGCCACAGGAUUCGACCAGGAGGCGGCCGCAGUUCUUAUGACGAGGUUUGCGGUGACCAAAUGCGAGACGGAAGAUCCGCUGGAUGUCAUGCGAUGGGUCGAUCGUAUGCUCAUUCGGCUGAUCGCUCGGUUCGCUGAUUAUAGGAAGGACGAACCGAAUUCUUUCCGUUUGGCGAAGGAGUUCACCAUCUAUCCCCAGUUGAUCUACCAUCUCAGACGAUCCUCCUUCCUACAAACCUUCAACGCAUCACCCGAUGAGACUGCGUAUUAUCGUACUAUCCUCAUGCGUGAGAAUACUAACAACUCUCUAGUGAUGAUCCAGCCUGCGCUCUUACAGUAUUCAUUCGAGGAAGGUCCGCCGCAACCGGUCCUCUUGGAUUCUACAUCGUUGAAGCCCAAUGUUAUCCUAUUGCUGGAUUCUUACUUCCAUGUGGUGAUUUGGAGAGGAGAGACUAUCCAAGCCUGGUUUGAGGCAGGCUACCAGGAUAAAGAGGAAUACGCUAACUUCCGCCAGCUACUGGCCGCCCCUGAGCAGGACGCCAAGGCGAUCCUCAACGAUAGAUUCCCGGUGCCUAAGUUCGUCCAGACGAGCCAGGGUGGCUCCCAGGCCCGUUUCCUUACGUCCAAGGUUAACCCGUCGGUCACUCAGAACUCGGCAUCUGGAGGGUUCGGGGACGGCAACUAUGACGGUUCUGUGGUACUCACUGAUGAUGUGAGCUUGCAGAAGUUCAUUGAGUGCUUGAUCAAACUCGCUGUACAGUCGUAGUCGAUGCCAUUAUGCUUAACAACCUGCCAACUGUUACCGUUAAAUUUUAUCAUAGUGGUUUCCUGGUACGAC